ACAUGAUGAUCAUCAUCAUCAUCAUCACCAUGAAGAUAUAUAUAAACAACAAAAGAAUUGUUAUAAAGAAAGUCCACCAAGUAGCCAGCCGUCCCAAAAGUAAACGCUUUUUUUUGAGAAUUCAGACCAUACCUUUUAAUAUUGCUCCAUAUCAACAUCAACCACUCUCAUGGGGGGAUUAAAGACUUGAGUCUGCAAGAGCCUGAUGGGAAGUGGGGAAAAAAAAUUAACCCCACAUGAUUGAUUGGAGUAUCUUGCCAUCUUCAACUCUCUUCUUCUUCUUCUUCUCCUUCUUUGUCUCUUCUUUCUAUUAGUCUGGCAUAUUAUUGGGUUAUUAGAGGAUUUAGAGCAGCCAUGCUCCUGGGGGGACCCCUCCAUUCAUCUUCUUUGGCUAGGCGUAAGUGUUGUUGUUUCAAUCUUUCUGGGAUUGGGUUUUUGGUAAUAGCAGCAGUGGUAUUUCUUUCUUCUGCUGUGAUUAUCUGUAGUGGUGCCUGCAAUGAAAUUGACCAUCAGGCUUUGCUGUCCUUCUCCCUUAACAUCUCCAGUUCAUCUUCUCCCUUGAAUUGGAACAAUUCAGGUGAUUGCUGUGACUGGGAGGGGGUGGGGUGUGAUGGAAAUGGGAGAGUGACAAGGCUAUGGCUGCCAUCCAGAGACCUUGUUGGGAGCAUUUCUCCUGCAGUGGCAAACCUCACCAGUCUCUCCCAACUCAACCUGUCAAAUAAUAGGCUGUCUGGUUCUCUGCCUGAUGUGUUCUUCUCUGCCUUGAAUAGCCUGCAGGUGAUUGACCUGAGCUAUAAUCGGUUAACCGGAGAAGUUGCAUCAGAUGAGAGGUUGCCAUCUUCAAUCCAUGCUGUGAAUCUCUCCAGCAACCACUUUAAUGGGACAAUCCAGUCUUCAUUUUUCCAGCCUGCAACCAGUUUGGCUAGUCUAAAUUUCAGCAACAAUAGCUUCCAUGGGGGGAUUCCCUCUCUCUGCAGCAUCUCUCCUGUAAUCAUGGCUCUUGAUUUUUCCUUUAAUGACUUGGAAGGCCAUAUUCCCCAUGGAUUUGGGGAGUGUUCCAGAAUGGUGAUUUUGAGGGCAGGUUUCAAUAAGAACAUUUCUGGGCCAAUUCCUAAUGAUAUUUACAGUGUGAUUACACUGCAAGAAUUGUCUCUACCUGGGAAUAAGCUCUCUGGUUCCAUUGCUGGAAACAUCACCAGACUUAUCAGUCUUAGAAGCCUUGCACUCUAUGGGAAUGAGUUGACAGGAAGAAUUCCAGAAGAUAUUGGAAGGCUAUCCAGCUUGGAACAGCUGCAGCUUCAUAUUAACAGUCUGAAUGGGACUGUGCCCCCAUCUCUAAUGAACUGCACCAGGCUGAAAGUGCUGAAUUUGAGAGUCAAUAAGCUUGAAGGUGAACUCUCUGCUCUUGAUUUCUCCAAAAUCAAUCAACUAACCACCGUUGAUCUUGGAAACAACAACUUCACUGGGAAAUUGCCACCAAGCCUGUUCUCAUGCAGGUCGCUGACCGCAGUUCGCCUGGCCACAAACAAGCUAACCGGAGAAAUACUGCCUGAGAUAGGGGAAUUAGAAUCACUGUCCUUCCUCUCUAUCUCCAACAACAGCCUGACCAAUUUCAUGGGGGCGAUUAAAAUCCUCUCCCGGUGCAAGAGCCUCAGCACAUUGAUCCUCUCCAAGAGCUUCCGGGAUGAAUCAUUGCCUGGUGAUGAGAAUCUGAUUGGCCCUGCAGGAUUUCAGAAUCUCAGGACUCUUGGUUUAGGUGGCUGUAACUUCACUGGCCCAAUACCCUUUUGGCUGUCUAAACUUAAGAAGCUUGAGGUUCUUGACCUCUCUCAGAAUAAAAUCAUGGACAGGAUUCCAGGUUGGCUGGGAAAUCUUGAAAAUCUGUUUUACAUGGAUUUGUCACAGAACCUCCUUUAUGGAGGCUUCCCAAUAGAGCUUGUUGGACUGUGGAGGCUUUCAACAAAGGAGGGUGCAGAUCAGGCAAGAAGUUACUUAGAGCUGCCUGUUUUUGUGCAGCCAAAUAAUGCCUCCAAUCUGCAGUACAAUCAAAUGUCCAACUUGCCAGCUGCAAUUUAUCUGGGAAACAACAAUCUUGAAGGAGGUAUCCCAGCAGAGAUAGGGCAGCUGAAGUAUAUUCAAGUCCUGGAUCUUGGUCAAAACAAAUUUUCUGGGAGUAUUCCCAAUAACAUAUCUGACCUCACAAACUUGGAGAUUUUGAACCUGUCUUGGAACAACCUGUCUGGCAUCAUUCCAGCAUCACUUAAAAACCUCCAUUUCUUGUCUUCUUUUAAUGUUGCUAACAACCAUCUUGAAGGUCCUAUUCCAAUUGGAGGCCAGUUUGACACCUUCCCAAACACCAGCUUCAUGGGAAACCCAGGGCUUUGCGGUCGAGUUUUGCAGCAUCCUUGCUCCAGUCAGUCACCAAAUGCACCAGCUUCAGCUCAAAGGAAAAGUGGGAAGAAGAAAAUUGUGAUUGGCCUUAUUCUCGGGAUCUGUUUUGGCAUCACCUUCACCCUCAUCAUGAUAGCUCUUUGGCUAUUUUCCAAAAGGAGGGUGCUUCCAAGAGGUGAUGCUGAAAAGGCAGACUUAGACACUAUAUCCUUCAAUUCCAAUCCCGGAUUCUCUGGUGAGGUUGUGAAGGAUAACAGCAUUGUGGUAUUGUUUCCCAGACACAAAAACGAGACUAAGGAUCUCAACAUUUAUGACAUAUUGCAAGCCACAGACAACUUCAACCAAGAAAAUAUAAUUGGUUGUGGGGGUUUCGGGCUCGUCUAUAAAGCUACUUUAGCAGAUGGGACUACUCUAGCUGUUAAGAAACUUACAGGUGAUAUGGGGCUGAUGGAAAGAGAGUUUAAGGCAGAGGUGGAGGCCCUAUCCACAGCCCAGCAUGAGAAUUUGGUGUCUCUGCAAGGCUAUUGUGUCCAUGAUGGCUGCAGAUUAUUGAUCUAUUCCUACAUGGAAAAUGGAAGCCUAGACUACUGGCUGCAUGAGAAGACUGAUGGAGCAUCCCAACUCGACUGGCCAACUCGGCUGAAGAUUGCACAGGGAGCAAGCUGUGGGGUGGCUUACAUGCACCAGAUAUGCGAACCACAUAUCGUGCAUCGUGACAUAAAAUCCAGCAACAUCCUCCUCGACGAAAACUUCAAAGCACACGUAGCAGACUUCGGCCUGUCCAGAUUGAUCCUUCCUUACCAGACUCAUGUCACCACUGAACUAGUGGGCACUCUAGGCUACAUUCCCCCGGAGUACAGCCAAUCCUGGAUUGCCACUUUCAGGGGCGAUGUCUACAGUUUUGGAGUUGUCAUGCUUGAAUUACUGACUGGCAAGAGACCUGUGGAAGUAUGCAAGCCCCGGAUGUCACUUUCAAGAGAAUUAGUAGUAUGGGUGCAACAGAUGAGAAAUGCAGGAAGACUAGAUGAAAUAUUUGAUCCUCUUCUACAACACAAGGGGUUUGAUGAAGAGAUGCAACAGGUUCUGGAUGUGGCAUGCAUGUGUGUCAACCAGAACCCUGUCAAGAGGCCAACAAUCACAGAGGUAGUUGACUGGCUAAAGAAGGUAGAAUUCAACAGAGACACACCAAAGCAAGGGUGACAUUAAUCACAUUACUACAUACAUUAAUUAAGCACAACAAAAUGCUUGAUUUGGUCUUUAAUCUUGAUGUGAAUGUACUCCAUAUAGCAGUGCACAAUCACUUUUGUAUAGAUAUAUCAAUGUACUCCCCAUAUAGCAGCUCACAAGUCACAACCACUUUUGUAUAGGCAAUUUUUUUUUUCUCUUUUUUCUGUCUAAACACAAGAAUGUAAUAAUAAGACACAUCCAUAAUUGUAUAGAAACAAGAUUGCUACCAGGUAGUAGUGAGCAUAGGAUUUUGAUAGUGAGAAUGGAUGAGCUUUUCAAAAUUGCAAAA